UUCGAUUAUGUCAUUAUAUUCGAGAUGAACAAACGGAAAUAUACGUUUUUCAAUUUCAAAUAGUACUGUUCGUGAAGACAUUUUCAUCAUCAUCAUCAUCAUCAUUUUUCACUGUACUUACAACAUUGAACACGUUAUAUUAUUGAUAAAAGAUUUUUUCAUCAUCAGAAUGAUUAGUCGUCGAAGAAUAUUAUCCCGAUCACGGGAUGAACUUAUGAAUGGCCAAUAUCCAGAUAAUUAUAAUCCAUAUGAAGAAGAAGAAGAUGUCUGGUAUUCCAAAGAUAAAUUAUUAAAGGAUCAUAUCUUAGAGAUACUUAAUAAAUGGGAACAAAUCGAUGAUGAAAUAUGGGCCAAAUUAAUCUGUAUGGAACGUAAUCGUCGUGUAGCAAAAGCAUAUGCACGUGCACCAAUACUUACUAUAAAUGGUUCAGAUGAUGGUUUCGAUGGUUAUCGUAUUGGUUUGAAUGGUUUCGAUAAUCCAUUACGUGAUCCAAAAACCGAUGUCAUUAAACAUCAUAUUGGUGAUGGCGUAAAAAUUCGUAUGGAUGAUGAUGGUAACAUUCUAAUCAAACGUCUGGCAAAAUCCAAUGUUUAUGUUAAAGGAUGGCAAAUCGGUACUACCAACGCUGUCGCAAAUGAUUCACAAACAAAUCAAGAAUCACAGACAUCAGUUUCAAUGGAAAUCAUACGAAAUAAUGGUCUACUAGAAGUAAAUAAAGCCGUACGAUUAUUCGAUAUGAAAAGGUUUCAACAAAAUAUGAAUCGUGAAUUACGAAGAGCUUAUCCGGAUCGUCGUAAAUUAGAAAAUCAAUGUAUUUGUUGUAUAAGUUUUGUGAAAGAUGCACCAGAUUUACUUGAUUUACCAGUAUGGAUUAUGAUUAUCAAUAUUGUUGCAAUGGAUAUGCUCAAAUCUAAAUUGCCACCAGCAAUUUCAAAACGUCAAUCUGUACCAAAUCUGGUUACAUUAUUCGAUCGACAAAAAGCGGCCAUUCAAGAAGAGGAUCCUUAUACUUUACCUGGUAAUAAUAGUUCUUCAUCGGGUGGAUCACGAUCAUCUGGACAUUAUGUGAGCACAGGACCAAUGUCACCACCACCACCUCCAACAUCGAAUGGCAGCACUAAUAAUUCAAAGAAUAAGUCAUCAUCCGAUGAUCCAAAACCUCCUAAACUUCCACCCAGAGAUUUCGAAAGGAAAAAUAAAUCUCGAUUGCUUUCAUCAUCGAAAAAGUUCUCAUCAAAAAAUCAGCUACCUAAAGAUACGGAAGAUGAAAAUCAAUAUUCUAUAAUGCCCUUGAAUAAUAAUCCGCGUACUUUUGAUGAUCCAUAUUACAGUGGAUUCAGUGCUCGUGUGCCUAAUUUUGCCAAGAAAUCCUCUACUCAAAAUCAACACAAUGCAUCAACAUUGAUGGCCACAUCAAAUAUGGCAAAUAUGCCAUUCAAAUCAGCUUAUAAUCAAUCGGAUUUUCAUGCACGAAAAGUUCCAACUAGUGGUUUUUUAAAUUCUUAUUUAAAGUCACCAAACAUCCUACAUUCUCGUACCGCUUCCUAUCAAUCCUAUUAUGGAUCAUUAGGCGAAUCCGAUCCAUAUACAGUGUCAAGUGAAAAUGGUGGUGGUUGUGGCCCAAAUGGUGAUGAUUCUUUCAUUUCAUACGGUGUUGGUGGUGGUGGUGGUGGCGAUUCAACCUAUGGUAGUACAAGAAUCGGUAUGGCCGCUACACGUUAUGAUUCGAAUAAAUAUUGUCCAAGUGGUGGUGGUGGUGUUGGUAACGGCAACGGUAAUUCUCAUUAUCCAUAUACUCAAUAUCCAUAUCAUCAUCAUAACGGAAAAGGUCAUCAUCAUCAUCAUAAUGGAACAACGACGAAACAAUCAUCCGUUGUUGCUACAAUGGCUCCAUAUGUCUAUCGUUCUUCACGUAAUGAUGAUUAUUAUUGUGCAUGGGAUGAAUGAAAAGGAAAUAUCAUCAGAUCAAAUGCCAAAUAUGAUAUUCAACAAGCCAGUCUAUUCCAAAUCUAUCUGGACAGAUUGUUUGUUUUUGCCAUCAAUGGAAUUUGAUUAUAAAAUAGACUUUUCCUCUCUAUUUUCAUUGU